CGCCCGGACCGUCCUUUUUCCGCAUGCUUCCAGCGCUGUUAGCUGUUAGCCUUUAGCAGCGGCGCGUUUCUGAGAGUAUUACAGCAGAUUUACAGACCCAAACAGAACCGAACCGGGUCAGAACAGAGCAGCCAUGACUAAGGACACGGUUACCGGAGCGGCCGAGGAGGACCAGCAGGCCCAGUCCAAGAAAGCGCUGAAGAAACAGCAGAAGGAAGCAGAGAAAGCGGCGAAGAAGGCCGAGAAACAGGCCAAGCUGGCGGCUGAGCAGCAGACAUCUGAUGAGGAUGACUUUGCGAAGGACCGGUACGGAGUGUCUGCGAUGGUGCAGUCUCAGGAGAAACUGGACAGGACGUUGGUGCGAGUUCAGGACCUCACCACUCAGAAAGCCGGUCAGCUGGUCUGGGUUCGUGCCAGAAUUCACACCAGCCGAGCCAAAGGGAAGCAGUGUUUCUUGGUUCUGCGUCAGCAGCAGUUUAACGUGCAGGCGCUGGUGGCUGUGGGGGAUCGGGCCAGCAAGCAGAUGGUCAAGUUUGCCGCAAACAUCACUAAGGAGAGCAUCGUGGACGUGGAGGCGGUGGUGCAGCCGGUGGAGCAGAAGAUCGAGAGCUGCUCUCAGCAGGACGUGGAGCUGCACAUCGAGAGGAUCUAUGUGAUCAGUCAGGCGGAGGCCAGGCUGCCUCUGCAGUUGGAGGAUGCUGUCCGGCCGGAUGCUGAUGGAGAGGAGGAAGGCAGAGCCACGGUUAACCAGGACACCAAGCUCGACAACCGGGUCAUUGAUCUGAGGACCACGACGAGUCAGGCUAUCUUCCGGCUGCAGUCUGGAGUGUGCCAGCUCUUCAGAGACACGCUCAUCAACAAGGGCUUUGUGGAGAUUCAGACCCCAAAAAUCAUCUCAGCUGCCAGUGAGGGAGGAGCCAAUGUCUUCACGGUGUCGUACUUCAAAACCAGUGCUUACCUGGCCCAGUCCCCACAGCUCUAUAAGCAGAUGUGUAUCUGUGCUGACUUCGACAAGGUGUUCUGCGUCGGACCAGUGUUCAGGGCUGAGGACUCAAACACCCAUCGCCACCUGACGGAGUUUGUGGGGUUGGAUAUAGAGAUGGCCUUCAACUACCACUACCACGAGGUCAUCGACUCCAUCACCGACACCAUGGUGCAGAUCUUCAAGGGGCUCAGAGACAAUUUCCAGACGGAGAUCCUGACGGUGGGUAAGCAGUACCCCAGCGAGCCAUUCAAGUUCCUGGAGCCGACACUGAGGCUGGAGUACCGCGAGGGCGUGGCCAUGCUGCGAGCAGCUGGGGUGGAGAUGGGGGACGAGGAGGACUUGAGCACACCUAAUGAAAAACUGCUCGGUCGUCUGGUGAAGGAAAAGUACGACACUGACUUCUAUGUGCUGGAUAAAUACCCGCUGGCAGUGAGACCCUUCUACACCAUGCCGGACCCCAGCAACCCAAAAUACUCCAACUCGUACGACAUGUUUAUGAGAGGAGAGGAGAUCCUGUCCGGAGCUCAGAGAGUCCACGACGCCCAGCUGCUCACUGAGAGAGCAACACAUCACGGCAUAGAUUUGGAGAAGAUCAAGGCGUAUAUCGACUCCUUCCGCUACGGCGCUCCUCCUCAUGCUGGUGGAGGAAUUGGUCUGGAGAGAGUGACCAUGCUGUACCUCGGCCUCCACAACGUGCGCCAGACCUCCAUGUUCCCCCGUGACCCCAAGCGCUUGACCCCCUGAAAGGUCUCGGCCCUGCUGACCCCUGGAACUCAAGUGCCACCACAAUUAACCCACAGCGAAUCCAGUCACUUUUUAAUGUUUCAUACUCGAGGUACGCUGAGAGCGGCUUAGUGCAGAGUGUUAGUCCUCCAUGUUUAAUAAUCUGAUGAAGGGAAGAGGUGUUCAGUAACAGUACAGAUUACAGAAGGAGGAGGAAAGGGAAAUCUUACCUUUAUUCUACGGUAAAUUCUAUGGUUAAUUCUAUGGUUUAUUUUGUGUCUCUUUCUACUGAACCAACUUACUACUACUCGACACUACCGACAGUCCGACUGACCAGCCGACGUAUUCUCACAGUUCUACACAUUACAUUCAUGUAAUUAGGGGUUUUUAAGUCGUACAGUAAUUGGCAGAUGGUUAUAUAAUUAAUUAAUAAAUAAAUAAUAAAAAAAAAAACAUAAAA